AUGUCUGAAGGUUCUGAGACACUCGCCUCAGCAGUGGCCGUACCUAGCCAGGAUCCCAUCCAUCAGUCUCCGGAGUUGACAGCUAAGCGACGAAAGUCUUCAACUGCAGAAUACGACACUAAGCGCCGACGACUCAGCUCCAUAGACAAUGCCUCCCCGCAUUCUCAGCGACGUCGGCCGUCAUCCCCUCCGCCCACGACAGAUGAGUCUGUAGAGAUGAAGCCCACACGACCGCGUGGGGGAGACGAGGAUCGCAAGCGGGGCCAGCGUUCUGCGGCACAGAGACGGCGCGCUGAUAUUGAAAAGAAGCAGCAGGAGAAGUUGAAGUCGCAAGAUGCCGAAUACGGUGAAUUGAAGAAACGGCGGAAGGAACAGCAUGAUGAGAUUCGGAGACGAGAAAUGCCGUUAUAUGAGCGAGAAGCGAUGCAAACACGGCAUUCGAAUAUGCUUGCCCUGGCAAAUUUCCACAAGACACAGGCCAAGCCGGUUCUGUAUUACAAACCAUGGCAACCCCGACCUGGAGAUGAAGCAGCGAUAAAACAGCAGAUCGAAGAAGCAGAGGCGACUGUUGCCCGAGAAGUCGCCGAGUUCGAAGCCCGAUAUCCACCGGAGGCAUUUGCGCCCGAACAACCAACCAAGGUUGAAACACAGCCCACUCAUGCUGAAACAAAACAACAGGCAGGCGAAGAACAACCGCGAGUGUCAGAAAAGCAGCAGCAAACAGAUGACCAGCCAUCGGCUCCAGAGCACGGGGCAGAUCCAACAGAUUCAAAAUCUAAGGAGACGGCCUAUGGUGCUCCGGAAACGGUUGGUGUAGACAUUAAUGACCAAACCCCCGAUCUAGCUAAAACGGAUGAAACCACUGCUAACGUGGAGGAAAGUGCCGUUCAAGAUCAGCAUGAUGCCCACCGAGAUGAUGAUGGAGGCGAGGUCGUUGAGGAUAACGAGGACACUGUGAUUUAUUAG